AUUUCAAAUUAUCACACAUAAUUAUGCAAACCAAACGAACCCAACCAGGAGGCGCCUUGUUCAAGCAAACACAAAGAAACCCUCUCUAUGAAUUCAUUGUAUAUAACAAAAACCCACACAUCGGUUAAAGCUCCAAAAGCCAAGAAGAAGCUGACAAGAUCAACCAAACCCAGAUAACCUGUUGUUUAAUUUUCAGUAUUGAUUCUUAGUCGGAGGUUGGUUUUCCAAAAAAAUGGAUAUUACAUUGCAAGGAUUCGGCAUGGUAGUGAAUAAUUCUGCGUAUGAUGAUGAUUCACCUUGUAUUGUUGUUGAUUGUGGGAGGAAAUCAGAGGAGGAAGGUGAGAAGAAAAAUAUAAGGGGUUGUUUGGAUACAUGUGAAGAAGAAGAAGAAGAGUUUGGUGGAAAUACUAGCUCAAGCUCUGAUUUCACGACGUUAUUUGAAACUUCUUUAAAUGAAGAGCAUAUCACUAGCUUUGAAGACUCAUCUUCUCCUUCUUCCAAGGAUGUAAACAUCUUGAAUCAUGAGGUCGAAGCCCCACAUUGUACCGAUUCUGAUAGUUCUGUGCAACCCCUUUUGGGUCAAAGAAAUUUAGGGAAACAAGGGCCAACACCACUCUCAGAGAUUGAAAUGAUGAAAGAAAGAUUCUCGAAAUUGUUACUUGGAGAAGACAUGUCUGGUUGUGGGAAUGGUGUUUGUACAGCUUUGGCCAUCUCGAACGCAAUUACAAAUCUUUGUGCCACACUUUUUGGACAAAUAUGGAGGCUUGAACCUCUACGCCCUGAGAAAAAAACAAUGUGGCGAAGAGAAAUUGAAUGGCUUCUUUGUGUUAGUGAUUACAUUGUUGAGUUGAUUCCAUCUUGGCAAACUUAUCCAGAUGGAAGCAAGCUUGAGGUCAUGACUAGUAGACCCAGGUCCGAUCUUUAUGUUAACCUUCCAGCUCUUCGUAAAUUAGACAACAUGCUUCUCGAGAUAUUGGACAGUUUUGAAAAAAUGGAGUUCUGGUAUGUUGACCAAGGCAUUCAAGCUCUUGAAACAGAUGGUUCCUCAUCUUUGUGUAAAGUGGUCCCACGCCAAAAAGAAAAAUGGUGGCUCCCGGUCCCACGUGUCCCCACUGGCGGUCUCAGUGAGACCGCCAGAAAAAAUCUGCAAAACAAACGCGAUUCCACAAAUCAGAUACUAAAAGCCGCAAUGGCUAUCAAUAGUAUCACUUUAGCAGAUAUCGAUGUUCCCGAAUCAUAUUUGGAAUCACUUCCCAAGAAUGCCAAGGGUAGUUUAGGCGACAUUAUUUAUCGAUAUAUAGCAUCGGAACAAUUUUCACCCGAGUGUUUGUUGGAGUGUCUUGAUUUAUCAUCCGAGCAUCAAGCUCUUGAGAUAGCGAACCGUGUGGAGGCUUCCAUUUACAUAUGGAGACGAAAAAACAACAACACGAAACCUAUAAACAACAUUGUGAGUAGGUCCUUUUCAAGGUCAUCAUGGGACAAAGUUAAGGAUUUGGUUGCUGAUGCUGAUAAAAGGGAAACAUUAGCGGAUAGAGCCGAAAACCUCUUGCUUUGUUUAAAACAAAGGUUCCCUGCCCUUCCUCAAACCACUUUGGACAUGAGUAAAAUCCAAUAUAACAAGGAUGUUGGAAAAUCGAUCUUGGAGAGCUACUCAAGAGUGUUGGAGAGCCUAGCAUUCAAUAUCACGGCUCGAAUUGAUGAUUUACUUUACGUGGAUGACUUGGCAAGACAUUCGGAUAAAUUCUCAUCAAUUUCCAACCGUGAAAUCGUGUCCAAAACAAUCAUUGGGAAACCAUACACACUUCACACAGUUACCACUCCUUAUAGAACCACUUUCACCACACCGAGUCUUUCACCUUCACGUAUAAAUAGUCCAAAGAAAAUUAUGACCGAUUAUUUGACCAUUGACCAAAAAGGUAAGCACUAUGCGGGUCAAGUUGCAAGGUCAAACUCAUUUUCGGGUAGGACUCGAGGAGCGUUACAGAAGAUGGGACUUUCGGGGUCUAAUGGCUCGGUUGGGUUGAGUUGAGUUGACUCGGAUGGGUUUGGAUGAGUUUGAUGUUUGUAGAUGGGUGAAUGGGAGUCUAUAUAUGGAUAUGUUUAAGCUUUAAAGUGUAGGUAGGUGAUGGCAUUUGUACAUCCCGGUUUUGUCCUAAUGAGUAACGAGUCUUGGUUCAGUUGACUCGGACCUUUGGAAGGACUGUGUAGUAGUGAAGUUGUGUAAAUAAAUG